UCGGAAUGUACAUUUUAGGAAUAAAGCCUCAACCUACUUGUUGAUGAAUACCUACAUAAGCAUACUAUGCCACUGUAUUUCAAUGGUGGUCAUGAUGAUGGUGUUAUUGAGAAGUAUGCUGUUAUAAAUUGUGCUUGGUGUAAAAAGUUUGAGAACCACUUCUCUUUAGGGAAAUGACCAAAAUAAGAUUGACACCCCUGUUUUGCAUUGUAAACAAAGUUAAGAGGAGUCGACAAGCACCAGUUACACUGGAGACACAAUUGUAGAUUCCAUUGAGACUCAGUGGCAAGGCCUUAUCACGUGUGAUUAAUUGCACUUCACUUCACACAAAAAACACACCAACAAAAAAAUGCCGUGUUUGUUCCACAUGCCCCCCGGAGGUCUGGAUAGUGCCUUUAAAAGGGGCUGGAGAGGCUCGUCAUCCAUACUCAACGAUGGGCGCGUGAUAAUGCUCCUGAACGGCACCGUCCCCCUAUCGGUUGAUUUUGACUCUCCGGGUGACUUCUUCGUGUUCAUCUUCCACAUCCUGUUUGCCACCAGUGCAGUCCUGGUGGCCGGCUCGGUGGUCGUGGGCAUCGCGUCCAACCGCUCGCUGCGCGUCCAGAAUCGCUUCAUCUUCAUGCUCAACACCAGCGUGAGCGACACGCUGACCGGUUUCUCCGUCUACUAUUUGGGCUUGUUCGACGUCCAGGAGGGUUAUCCAUCCAGAAACGGGACUUUCUAUAUCCUGCCUUCCUUCCUCGGUGUCAACGUGCUGACCUUCCUGUUCGCCCAGUUUGACCGCUACCUGGCCGUGUGCCACCCGUUCUUCUACCACCGCUAUAUCAGCCGCUCGCUGGUGAUCGGCGCGUGCGCCUUCUGCUGGAUCUACACCUACUCCAUCCUCACCGUGCAGAACAUGGUGCCCAUCUCCAAGGCGGCCCAGAUCAAUGCGUUUGGGGUCAUGACCCUGCAGAUCAUCGUGUUGGUCAAGGUUCUGAUGACCGUCAAGCUGUAUGUGAUCGCCCGCAACCACCUGGCCCGAGAGCCCCCCAGCGCCGAGCGGGACAACAAGAGAGAGUCGCUGCGCAUCAUCGUUUUCGUCGUUAUCUGCUUCCUGGCCCUGUGGUGCCCCUCGUUCGUCAACAUCAUCGUCAGGCAGCUCACCCGGACCGGGCUGCGCUUCCGCAACGAGGCCACCAACCUGUUCGCCAUCAUGGCGCGCCUCAACGCGCUAGUCACCCCGGCUCUGUACAUUUGGGGGAGCCCCGCCCUGAGAGGAGCCGUGUGGAGGCUCGCGUGGAAGCGGGUGUGCCCCAGACGGAGGGCCAGAAUCGAUUUAACUUCCAAGGUGUGAUGAAAGAAGGAACGCGAGCUCUUUUACGACGCAUGAGGAUGUUACUGUUUUAUUUAUUUAGAUAGUUUUUAAUAAGUAUUGUCGUUAUUUUCUGAAUGAACGGGGCUCUUUUUACGUGCCAUUUUCUCAUUGUUUCACUCAUUCUAUUGUUCACUGAAAUUAACUGAAUAAAAUUGAGAGGACUCCAGAAUGCUCGCGACGGUUUUACCUAUUCACAGACACUACCCCCUUGGCCGAUCGCCUUUACAUAAAACUACAGAAUGAAAUUCAGAGUGAAGUUCUAAUUGCAUUAUCAUCACGUCUGAGUCGGUCGUGCUUUUCAUUUUUCAGUUUCAUGUGCGUGUUUUAAGGCUAAGACAAAUAAAAAAAAAAAAGACGACUAGCAAAAUAACUUUGUAGAAAGGAAGACUUGUGUAUAAAUCCAAACAAAAAGGGCAGCUCCUGGUCAGUGGUGAUGGAUUUGUUUUCAUAGAUGUUUCAUUUUAUGGAUCAUUGAGUACACAUACUAAUAACUCUUAUGAGAUGUAACUUUGUGGUGACAGUUUGACUUCAUAAUGUAAAUAGUAUCUAUUGUUUUAAUAAUCCAUCCAUUCGUUUUUUUAAUCCACUUAUUCUCACAAGAGUCGUGGGCG